CGGUCGUUACGUCACUGCCCGGGGUUUCCUAGUGAAGUGAACCCUACGGCGUCAUGGCGGAGGCCGGUUGUCGGAAGAGCCUGGAUUGAAAUGCCAGCUUUCUACGAUCGCAGUUGACCGACGAGCACCGCGGUUUGCUUACAUCUACAACAGGAAAGGGGACUACUUGAUUUUUUGGAAGGAGGGGAAGACCAACAUUGCACCAGUUUCACCGAACUGAGUCGUCCGGGGCUGCUCUCCCUAACUGGGAGAUAGCUAGCUAGCGCAAGGUAGCGUUAGCUGCCAGCAGCUGCUAGCUCACUGUUUAAAUAAAAGAAGAAAGGACCCCUGAAGUGGAAAAGCGAAUUUGGACAACUAUUUUAUUGGAGUUUCACAGUUUAACCACGUGGAACAUAGUACUACAGGCUGUCAGGGGGAAGUCUAUAUUUUGGACUUCAACAUGGCUGGACGCAGUGAGGAUGAAAGUGUAAGCAACAGCAGUGGAGAAUCAAGUAAUUCUGAUGAUGAGUCUGGUUCUGGAUCGGGGUCUGCAUCCGGGUCGGGCUCAGGCUCUAGUUCUAGCUCUUCCAGCAGUAGCAGCCAAUCAGGAAGCAGUGACUCAGGAAGUGGCUCAGACUCUGGCAGCCAGUCCGACUCUGACACAGAGAAAUCCAAGGAGAAGAUAGAACCACCAAAUAAGUCAAACAUUGAUGGAGCUGAGUUCUGGAAGUCCAACCCCAGUAUUCUAGCGGUGCAGAGGUCUGCUAUGCUCCGAAAACAGCAGCUUCAGCAUCAGCAGCAACAGCUUCAGCAAAGACAAAGCUCCUCAAAUAGUGGAUCCAAUGAGGACUCAUCAAGUGAUGAAUCUGAUUCAUCAAGUGGAUCCAAAAGGAAAAGAAAUUCAGGUUCCUCUGACUCCGGAUCAGGUUCUGGAUCUGGGAGUGGUUCUGGAUCAGACUCCUCAGCAGAGGAGAAGAGUGAUGAAACGGCAUCAGACUAUGAGCCCAGUCACAAAAUGAAAAGCAGAAAACCUCCAACCAAGAUGAAUUUUCGGAAUGGGAAGAAAAGCAGCUCUCAGAAGAAGAAGAAUAAGAAGUGCUCUUCUUCUGAGGAUGAGGAUGAUAACUACAAGAAGGUAGCAUCUGCAGGACCACGGCGGCAGGCCACAGUCAACAUUAGCUACAAAGAGGAUGAGGAACUUAAGACAGACUCAGACGAUGUAGUGGAAGUUCUGGGUGAAGAUGUCCCACAGCCUGAGGAAGAUGAGUUUGAAACGCUGGAAAGAGUGAUGGACAGCAGGAUCGGAAGAAAAAGAGCAAUAGGAAGUGUGACCACUGUAUACGCUGUAGAAGCAGACGGGGACCCUAACACCAACUUCAAUCCCAACAAAGAGGCCGGUGAUGUCCAGUAUUUGAUAAAGUGGAAGAACUGGGCCCAUAUCCACAAUACCUGGGAGACAGAAGAGACACUCAAGUUGCAGAACGUCAAGGGCAUGAAGAAACUGGACAAUUUUAAAAAGAAGGACCAGGAAAAAAAGAAAUGGUUAAAGGCGGCUUCACCAGAGGAUAUAGAAUACUUCAACUGUCAGGAAGAAUUGAUUGAUGACCUGCACUCUCAGUACAAAAUAGUGGAAAGAAUCAUAGGUCAUUCAAAUCAGAAGUCAGCGGCUGGUUAUCCAGACUACCUGUGCAAGUGGCAGGGUUUACCAUACUCGGAGUGUAGUUGGGAAGACGGUGCCUUGAUUGCCAGGAAGUUCCAGAAAUGCAUCGAUGAUUAUAUGAGCCGAAACCAGUCCAAGACCAUUCCAUCCAGAGACUGCAAGGUACUCAAACAGAGACCCAGGUUUGUACCCAUGAAGAAGCAGCCAUCUUACAUAGGAGGUGAUGGACUGGAGCUCCGAGACUACCAGCUGGACAGUUUAAACUGGAUGGCCCACUCCUGGUGCAAAGGCAACAGUUGUAUCCUUGCAGAUGAGAUGGGCUUAGGGAAGACCAUCCAGACCAUCAGCUUCCUCAACUACAUGUUCAAUGAACAUCAACUAUAUGGACCUUUCCUGCUCGUUGUGCCUCUCUCUACACUCACCUCCUGGCAGAGAGAAAUCCAACUCUGGGCGCCUCAGAUGAAUGUUGUGGUCUACCUGGGAGACAUCAGCAGCAGGAACAUGAUCAGGACACAUGAGUGGAUGCAUGUCCAUAGCAAGAGACUGAAAUUGAAUAUCCUUCUCACCACAUAUGAGAUUCUUCUCAAAGAUAAGUCGUUUUUGGGCAGUGUUAACUGGGCAUUCAUUGGUGUGGAUGAGGCACACAGACUGAAGAACGACGAUUCCCUCCUCUAUAAGACCAUGAUGGACUUCAAGUCCAAUCACAGGCUUCUGAUCACAGGAACACCGCUGCAGAACUCACUGAAAGAGCUCUGGUCCCUACUGCACUUCAUUAUGCCUGAAAAGUUUCACUCUUGGGAGUUAUUUGAGGAGGAGCAUGGUAAAGGCAGGGAUUCCGGCUACACCAGUCUGCACAAAGAACUGGAGCCUUUUCUAUUGCGCAGAGUCAAGAAGGAUGUGGAGAAAUCCCUUCCUGCCAAAGUGGAGCAGAUCCUCCGAGUGGAGAUGAGCGCGAUUCAGAAACAGUAUUACAAAUGGAUCCUGACCAGGAACUACAAGGCUCUUAGUAAAGGUACCAAAGGCAGCACAUCAGGUUUCCUGAACAUCAUGAUGGAGCUGAAGAAGUGUUGUAACCACUGUUACCUGAUCAAGCCUCCAGAGGACAACGAGUUCCUCAACAGGGCCGAAGCCUUGCAGCACCUUAUCCGCAGCAGUGGGAAGCUGGUUCUGUUGGACAAACUUCUGGUGCGUUUGAAGGAGCGAGGCCACAGAGUUCUCAUUUUCUCCCAGAUGGUACGGAUGUUGGAUAUCCUUGCUGACUACCUGAGAAGCCGACAGUUCCUCUUUCAGAGAUUAGAUGGCUCCAUCAAAGGAGAGAUGAGGAAGCAGGCGUUGGACCACUUUAAUGCAGAGGGCUCAGAGGACUUCUGCUUCUUGUUAUCAACGCGUGCGGGUGGUCUGGGGAUAAACCUGGCAUCGGCUGACACAGUAGUCAUCUUUGACUCAGACUGGAACCCUCAGAAUGAUCUGCAGGCCCAGGCCCGAGCCCACAGAAUCGGACAGAAAAGACAGGUGAAUAUCUACCGUCUGGUGACUAAAAGCUCAGUGGAGGAGGACAUCAUUGAGAGAGCGAAGAAGAAAAUGGUGCUGGACCACCUUGUCAUUCAGAGGAUGGACACUACAGGCAAAACCGUGCUCCAUACUGGUGCUGCUCCCUCGAGUUCGGCACCUUUCAAUAAGGAGGAGCUUUCUGCCAUCCUGAAGUUUGGUGCUGAGGAGCUUUUCAAAGAGCUAGAGGGAGAAGAGCAGGAACCCCAGGAAAUGGACAUUGAUGAGAUCCUCAAAAGAGCUGAGACCAGGGAGAAUGACCCUGGACCCUCGACAGUGGGAGAAGAGCUUCUGUCACAGUUCAAGGUAGCCAACUUCUCCAUGAUGGAGGAUGAGGAAAUAGACAUUGACUCUGAGCGUAGUCAGCGGAGUUGGGAUGACAUAAUUCCUGAGAUGCAGAGGAGAAGGAUGGAGGAAGAGGAGAGACAGAAGGAGCUGGAAGAAAUCUACUUGCUGCCACGUAUGAGGAAUUGUGCCAAACAGAUAAGCUUUAAUGCUGUUGAGGGCCGACAGAGUAGGAACAGGAGAUACUCUGGGUCCGACAGUGACUCCCCCUCAGACCGAAAGAGGCCAAAGAAAAGAGGGCGGCCCAGGACCAUCCCACGAGAAAAUAUCAAGGGUUUCAACGAUGCUGAGAUCAGGAGGUUUGUUAAGAGUUACAAAAAAUUUGGAGGACCACUGGAAAGGUUGGAUGCCAUUGCUCGUGAUGCCGAACUUGUAGAUAAAUCUGAGCAUGACCUGAAACGAUUGGCAGAGACUGUUCACAAUGGCUGUGUGAGAACACUGCGUGAAAAUCCCUGUGGACCAGACAAGAACUCAGGAGGCAGAAGAGGGAAAGUAAAAGGCCCAACAUUCAGGAUCUCUGGUGUCCAGGUAAAUGCCAAGCUUGUUAUCUCCCAUGAGGAAGAGCUGGCUCCACUCCACAAGGCCAUUCCUGCUGACCCAGAGGAGAGAAAGAAGUACAUGAUUCCAUGCCACUCGAAGGCAGCGCACUUUGACAUUGAGUGGGGGAAGGAGGAUGACUCCAGCCUGCUCAUAGGAAUUUAUGAGUAUGGUUAUGGCAGCUGGGAGAUGAUUAAGAUGGACCCGGACCUCAAUCUCACACACAAGCUCCUCCCAGAUGACCCUGACAAGAAGCCACAGGCCAAACAACUACAGACCAGAGCAGACUACCUCAUCAAGUUACUGAGCAAGGACCUGGCCAAAAAAGAAGCACAGAAACAAGCAGGGACAGCCAAUUCACGGAAGAGGAAACCAAGAAGUAAAAAAAGUAAAACUCUGAAGCCGACAAAGACAGAAGAGGUGAUAAAGAGUCCAUCCUCAGAUCCCCCGUCAGACAAGAGAUCAGAUGAUGAGGAUGAAGUUAAGGAGGAAAAGGAGAUGGCACCAGUAAAACCACUGAGCAGACGGGCCCGAGCAGACCGGGUGGUGCUGAAGGAGGAGGAGGAUGACGACGAUGACGACGACGAUGAUGAUGAUGACGACAUCGACGACGGCGACGAUGAGGAGCCUGAGCAGGAGGAAGUUUCUUCAUCAGGGGAGAUGGAGGUCAAAGAAAAAGAGAUAAAAAAAGAAGGCAAAAAGGAAAAGAAGGAGGAAAGUUGGGACAUUAAAGAGAUUAAGGAGUCAAAAGAUAAAAAGGACACAAAGGCGCUGGACUCAGUUAAACAAGAGGAGACUGUUGAAAAGAAUGAAGUAAAAACGGAGGCCAGAGAACGGACAAAGAAAGCCUCUGAUGUGCCAGUUCAUAUAACAGCAAGUGGAGAGAAUGUGCCAAUUUCUGAGGAGUCAGAGGAACUGGACCAGAGGACCUUCAGUGUAUGUAAGGAGAGGAUGCGGCCAGUGAAAGCAGCCCUGAAGCAGCUGGACAGGCCGGAGAAGGGGCUGUCGGAGCGCGAGCAGCUUGAACAUACAAGACAGUGCCUCAUACAGAUCGGGGACCACAUCACUGAGUGUCUGAAGGAGUAUUCAAAUCCUGAUCUGAUCAAACAGUGGAGAAAAAACCUUUGGAUAUUUGUUUCCAAAUUCACUGAGUUUGACGCAAGGAAACUACAUAAACUGUAUAAGCAUGCAAUCAAAAAAAGACAAGAAAAUGCCCAGGCAAUGGAACAGAACACUAGAAGUAUAAACACGCAUGGCUAUAAACAUGCAGAUAUUGAAAGGCUGAAGGAUAACUCUCACCAGGAUGAGAGCAGCAGGGACAGCUACAGCUCUGAAAGACAUCAGGCUACAGGUCGAUACCACGAGAGCAGCAGCAGCAAGGAGAGACACGGCUCCGAGUCCCACAGAAAGACAGCAGGAGGGGAGUCAAGGAAAAGACCGUACUCCUUCAGCAACGGCAAAGACCACAGAGACAGAGACCACUACAGACCAGACAGCAGAGACAGAGACAGACAGGACAGAUACUACAAUGACAGUAAGCACAGGAAGCUGGAGGAGUUCCGCAGCAGCAGAGACCACCGGCUGGACAUGAAGGAUUAUUCCCACUCCGACCAGCGCUCCUCCUACCGCUACCACUCAGACUGGCAGACUGAGCAGCGAGCCUCAGCCAGCGGGCCCCGCUCUCCUCGAGACCAGCGCUCGCCCUACGAUGGGCGCUCACCCAUGGGGCACCGCUCACCUUUCGACUACUCGUCAGACCACAAGAGCACACCCGAGCAGAUCUGGAGCAGCCGCAAGACAUAACAGGAGCUGCCUGGGUCUGCUAGUAGCAGCCAUAGACUCAGCAAAUGCCUUACAAGGACUGUGGACUCCAACCUGAAGCAGUUUGAAGCACUGUGUAUCAGUCAGUUCAGCAUGACUGUCAUCUCUACGCUUCAACUCAUCUCGGAAACCUGGGAUGAGAACGCCAGGGCGUGCUCAAACCAGGUAGCAGAUAAAUAAUCAAAGCAUAUUUUUCUAUUUAAGAGUUUAAAGCUGCAUUGUUGUGUAGGCCCGACAGCAUGCAGCACAUCGUUCUUUGUUAUUUUUAUAAACUUUUUUAAAUUCUGGAAAUGGACACAAUUGACCCUGAGUGCUGCCUCAUAUUCCCACCAACCCAUGACACUGGAUCCUGUAUUUGACUGUUCUCUAUGUUUGUCUGUCUCUGUCCCUCUCUCAUGCAUAAUGUGAUUAUCAAGCUUAUUUAAGUGUUAACUCAGUGAUAAGUCAGUUGUCACAUGAAUCACAUUGCAGGUUGAUGUAAAGGUUGAAUCCAGUCUGGGCUCAGGCUCACCACCUGAAGUACCUCAUUUACAGCAUUUCUCAUUUCCUCAGUUUGUUUUCUUUUUUCCACCAGGUGUGAAUUAUUUAAUAACAUAUCUUAGCUGUAAAGAAUUACUUGGAUUUCUUUUUUUAGAGCAACUUGUAUCAUUUUUUUCUUUCAGUAAUACUGUUGUAAAUUUUUGUAAAAUAGUAAAUCAGUGGUCUUUUUCCUCAGGCUUUUUGGAUUUAUUAUGACUCUACUUUUCCCCAUCAACUCAGGCUUUUUUGUCGUUCUACUCUUGACUUUAUGUACAGUAGUUCUUCCCUGAUGAUGCUUUCAGAAUGUAACUUUUGGUAAAGGGAAAGUUCUUAAACGAUACUCAGUUUUAUUCUCUAAUUCUUAGUUCUUUUUUCUCAGUGAAAUCAGUGAGUUGGAAGGAACUGACUUUUGUAAUCAUGGUCUGAAGAAAGACAGUUAUCUUCCAAUAGAAGCUCCUGUUAGAUCUUAAAUAAUCUUUUUACAUGAUUUUGUUUUCAUUUUAUUUUCUGUGUAGGCAAUAAUAAUGUUUCUAUGCAGCCAAGUAUAUUUGUGGUGAACCACCCAACUGAAUGAAGUCACUGUUACAGUUCACACUGUUGUACAUAAAUUUCCACUAUUUCAAAAAUGAAUUUACACUGAAAGUGCAUGAAUUUUUAUGAACUGUUUUAUAUAGUUGUUUAUGAAGCCAUUAAAAUCAAUCAGUGUACUCACUCGUACCAACUCUUCAAAAAA